AUGUUAGAACUACCAUCUGAUAUUCCAUCUACUAUCCCUGCCAAUGCUAAGAUUUACAAGGAUGAUUGCAUGUAUUCGUUUGAUACACCUGAGAAUAAUGAAUUCGGAUUAGAUAUCGAUUUAAAGAGUUACUUUGCAUAUUCACGAAAUGCCACUCAUAAUUAUACUCGGGAUAAUUAUGAAAAGACAGGGAACUAUUUAUAUUUGAAUAUUAAUAAAGUUUUAAAACCUGAAUCGGAACGAAAGAAAAUUUAUGAUGAAAAUGGUGAAAAGAGUACUAAAUUACAAAAAUUAGAAAUCAAAGAUAUCGAUGAAAAUGAAUUGUAUAAUGUGGAGUAUACCGUGUAUGAUAUUAAGCAGGAUAAAUCGUAUCGGUUGGAUGAAUUGAGUGAUCCAUUCCGUAAGUUGAUCGAUCAAAUCUUAACUUCGAAUUCAUCUCAUCAACAGGAUGAAAUCAAACAAUGGGAGUUAGAAAUUAUACCAUGUCAUCAUUCGAUUGAUAUUCAACAAGAAACAUCCAGUAAAGAAAUCGACUUGACGAAAUGUUCUGUAUGUGAAUUGAAGGAAAAUUUAUGGAUCUGUUUACAUUGUGGAGCCUUAGGAUGUGGACGUCAACAAUUUGGAUCUAAUUUAAAAGGAAAUGGUCAUGCUUUAAAUCAUUAUGAAAUCACAGGUCAUCCCGUAGCGGUCAAAUUAGGAUCGUUAUCAUCUGAUAACGAAGAUAGUUGUGAUGUUUAUUGUUAUGCAUGUAAUGAUGAAGUUAAAGUCCCUAAGUUAUCCGAAAAAUUGUUUAAAUUCGGUAUUGAUUUAAAAUCUCAAGUUAAAACUGAAAAGAGUUUAAUUGAAUUAAAUAUUUAUCAAAAUUUAAAUUGGGAUUUCAAAUUAGAAGGUGCUAAUGGUGAAAAAUUAAAACCUGUUUAUGGUAAAGGGUAUACGGGAUUUCAAAAUUUAGGUAAUUCAUGUUAUUUAAAUUCAGUAUUACAAUCAUUAUUCAGUUUAGAUAAUUAUCAACAAUUCUUUUCUAACUUAUCAUCUGAACUCAACACCUCAUCAAUCAAGAAUCCAAGUGAAGAUUUAUCUAAUCAAUUGAUUAAAAUCUAUGAUGGAUUAUGGAGUGGACGAUAUUCAAAACCAAGUUUAAUAUCAGCUAAUAAAGGUGAUGAUUAUCAAUUAGGUUUAAAACCAGUAUCAUUCAAAACCCUUAUUGGAGAAAAUCAUGCAGAGUUUAAAACUCAAAGACAACAAGAUGCCUUUGAAUUCUUAUUAUAUUUAUUAGAUAAAUUAGAUCAAGAAUUCGGCUUAACAUUAAAUCAAUCGUUGAAAUUUCUAUUUGCCAAUAAAACCAUCUGUGCAAAUUGUCAACAUGGAUCGAUUCAAUCAGAAUUGAUUGAUAAUCUUUCGAUCCCCAUCAAACAUGAGGUUAUUGGUAAAGAUGAAGAUGGAAAGAAACUCUAUGAACAGGUUAAUUUAAUUGAGAGUAUCAGAGAUUAUUGUGAUACAGAAGGUAUCGAAGGUUAUAAAUGUGAUCAUUGUAAAGUACCACUGGGAUUAGCGAUUAAAUCAGGAGGAUUUAAAACUUAUCCUGAUGUGUUGGUAGUUAGUGUUCAAAGAAUUAUAUUGGAGAAUUGGGUUCCUAUUAAAAUUGACGUUCCGAUUGAAAUACCUUAUGAAAUUGAUUUAGGGGAAUUUAAAGAACCUAUAUUUGAAGGUGAUGAAGUUGAAGUUGAACAAAAGGAUGAGGAAGAGGAAGUAUCUGGUUCAUCUAGUGAUAAUAAGUUCAAACCUAAUGAAGAAGCACUUAGUACGCUUUUAAGUAUGGGAUUUCCAGAACCAAGAUGUUUAAAAGGAUUAUAUCAUGGAAAUAAUAAUGCUGAAGAUGCUAUGAAUUGGAUCUUUGCACAUAUGGAUGAUAUUGAUAUUGAUGAACCAUUUAAUCCCGAUGUUCAAACAUCAAGUGCUGCUACAACUACUGAUUCAGGACCUUCACAAGAUUCAAUUGAUAAUUUAGUGGGGAUGGGAUUUAGUACCCAAUUAGCUAAAAAAGCCUUAAUAUUAAAUAAUAAUGAUAUUAAUUUAGCAGUUGAAUGGUUAUUUUCUAAUCCUGAUGAUGAUGGAGUUAUUGAAAUUUCUACGGAAACAACUACAUCCAAAGCUGUGGUUAAUUUAGCGGCUGAACAUAAAGCUUUAAAACAGAAAUUAUUACAAUCGACUGCUACUACAAGUCAAACCAAAUAUAAAUUAAAGUCGGUUAUUUGUCAUAAGGGUACAUCACCCCAUACUGGUCAUUAUGUGGUGUUCAUUAGAAAACAUAUUGAAGGAAAGGAUAAAUGGAUCUUGUAUAAUGAUGAAAAAGUGGUUAUUUGUGAAGAUGAGAAUUUACAAGAUAUAAAGAGUAAUGGUUAUGUAUACAUAUUUGAAAAGAUUUAA